ACUGCCUGUGGAAAAAACAGUUCCAGUAUACAGCUCAAGUUCAGUAUAGAAACGUUAAUUUUGUUAUUUUUACGUGUUAUAAUUAUUACCGAGCUUUCGUAAACCUUCGGCUAUUUAUACAGUAAUAAACAGAGUGACUGCUGUGUUGUAGUUUAGUACCACGAGUUAAUUAUUUGAAUAAAACAUGGCGGCGUCCUUGAGCAGCAUAGGAAACGUGAGGGUGCUGAGCGCCUUAGCUUGGUCCAGCUCAUUGUGCAGCUUCUCUGGAAGCAGGGGCCUCCAUGUUACUGUGUCGUGCUGCAAGAAUCGAGCCGCUCGUAUCCGAGUAGGGAAAGGAGACAAACCUGUGACCUAUGAGCAAGCGCAUCAUCCUCACCACAUUGGCCACCGCAAAGGAUGGCUGUCACAGCACACCAGUAACCUCAAAGGAGAGGAUGGGGCAGCUGAACGCACUGUAGAAGAUGUCUUCAUUCGGAGGUUCAUGUUUGGGACGUUCCACGGGUGCCUGGCCAAUGAGAUUGUCAUCAAAAGGCGUGGCAAUUUGCUGAAUGUGUGCGCAGUGAUGCUACAGAAGUUACCACCACAGAAGUUUUACUUCCUGAUUGGCUAUACAGAGUCACUGCUGUCACACUUUUACAAAUGCCCUGUCAAGUUAGAGAUUCAGACCCUGCAGGAUAAGAUUGUGUACAAGUACCUCUGAUUAAACUGUCCGUUACCAUUUUCUCUGUAGAUAGUAGAUGUGCUACCAGUUUCUACCUUUUUGAUUUUUGAAAAAUGAAUGAGCAGAUUUCAAAUAUUUGUUUUAUUUAUGUCCUCAAAAGGAUUUUAAGUUAGGAGAGAGGAGAUCACUGUUGUUAUAAAAUUAGCUGGUGAAACCUGUUGCAUUUUCUACAAAAUGCUCAUCAACUUUUGUUCCUGAAGUUAAAUAAAUGAUCAAAACCUUGAA